CGAGGAUGGAGCCGGCCAUCAGCUGGUGCUGGAUCCGGUCUCUAGGAGGAGUCCUCGGACACAGAGGCGGCACCUUAGAUCUUGGCCUCACUGCAUCAGGGGACCAAGGGUGGCACAGGGCACCUCUGCUGUGAUUGUGAACACAACGUGUAGGGAAACACAGCCCAGGUCUCAUUGCAGAACAAAAUGGGAGAUGCUGAAGCAGGCAAGAAGAUCUUUGUUCAGAAAUGUGCUCAGUGCCACACGGUGGAGAAAGGUGGGAAACACAAGACUGGUCCAAACCUCUGGGGCCUUUUCGGCCGGAAGACAGGACAAGCACCAGGAUUUUCUUACACUGAUGCAAACAAGAAUAAAGGUAUUGUCUGGACAGAAGCAACUUUAAUGGAAUAUUUGGAGAACCCAAAGAAAUUCAUCCCUGGCACUAAAAUGAUCUUUGCUGGUAUCAAAAAGAAGAGUGAGAGAGAAGAUCUUAUUCAGUAUUUGAAACGGGCAACAUCUUCAUGAAUUAGAAGUACAGCUUCAAAAAUACUAGUUCUCCAUUUCAAAUAUUGUGCUUAAUAAGAAGCAAUUUCUGCUCUUUCUUGAUCAGCCUGUAGUAAUUUUAACACGUUAAAUAAAGGUUGAUAUUUUUGACUGUGUAUA